UGACAGGCAGUAAAUAAAAAUGACGUGGAGUUAUAGGUUACGAAUUGUUGUACUAUUUUAAUUUUAAUUAAUUAAUAAUAAAUGAGGUUCUUAUUAAUACCAAAAUAGCUUUCAAGUGUUAGUUUAUUAAUUCAUCUACAGAAUGAUUGAGAUAUCCGAUGUUCAGAAAAUCGGUGUGGGUCUUGUGGGGUUCGGCAUGACAUUCCUGUUCCUAGGCAUACUCCUUUUGUUUGAUAAAGGGCUGCUUGCUAUAGGAAAUAUUUUGUUCAUAAGCGGCCUGGCCUGCAUCAUAGGCCUCCAGCGCACAUUUUUCUUCUUCUUCCAACGACACAAAGUUAAAGCCUCUGUAGCGUUCUUCAGCGGAAUAUCUAUUGUGCUGCUGGGAUGGCCUAUGUUUGGCAUGAUUGCGGAGAUAUACGGUUUCCUGUUGCUAUUUAGGGGAUUCCUGCCGGCAGCUGUCAACUUCUUAAGAAUGGUUCCAGUGUUAGGAUCCUUAUUGAAUCUGCCUAUUAUAAGUGGUAUUGUCAACAGGAUAGCCGGCGACAACGGGCGCAAUAUGGAAACAUAGUUUUGUUUGGAUCCAAUUGAACUGCCAAGUAUUCGUCUGUAAAUAAGAAUGGCAAAUUGCCUUUUUUAAAAUAAAAUAUAAAUAAAUAAUAAAUUUUGAUGUAAGCA